AUGCACGACGCUCUUUCACCACGGCGCAAGCAUGCUUAUCAUGCCCAUGAAUCCGGACCUCAACCAAACGAGAUCUGCCUCCUCCUCCCGAAGUGUUCCUCCGCAGACUCGUCGCCCUCCGCACAAGACGAACGUAGUCCUCCGACCUUCUUCGCCGAGCUCACCCGGCUGACCAAAGACUCCAUCCCCGUGAUCCUCGCCUACACCCUCCAGAACAGCCUGCAGACGACAUCAGUCCUGAUCGUCGGACGCACCUCGCCCGAGAACCUGGCUGCUGCAGCCUUCUCGUUCAUGUUCGCCUCGGUCACAGGGUGGAUGAUUGCCUUUGGGGGCACGACGGCGCUAGAUACGCUGGCCUCGUCGACGUUCACCGCGAGCUCGAACAAACAUGAUCUCGGGGUCUUGCUACAGCGAGGGUUCCUUGUUCUGGGCCUGUUCUACCUCCCCGUGGCCGUGCUUUGGGUUUGUUCGGAGCCGGUGUUUCUUUUCUUGGGGCAGCAGCCCCGUCUGUCGAGAGACAGUGCUCGGUUUCUUACCUGUUUGGUUCCCGGUGGGCUGGGGUAUGUCUACUUUGAGCUGAUGAAGAAGUAUCUGCAGGCGCAAGGCUUGAUGCGUCUUGGGACAUAUGUCCUGUUCGUGACGGUUCCUUUCAACGUGAUUCUGAAUUACUUCUGCUGCUAUACGCUUGGUCUGGGACUGCUGGGUGCGCCCAUCGCAACAAGUGUCUCGUACUGGGUUGCCUUCGGGCUCCUGGUUCUAUAUGCACGCUUCGUGGCCGGGUCGGAGUGCUGGGGCGGCUGGUCUCGCGACGCACUCCGAAACUUGGGAGCAUUUGCGCGGUUGGCCUUCCUAGGCGUCGUGCAAGUCGGCACAGAGUGGUGGGCGUUCGAGAUCGUGGCCUUGGCUGCUGGUCGGCUCGGGACGAUCCCCUUAGCCGCGCAGAGCGUCAUCAUGACAGCCGACCAAGUGCUGAACACAAUCCCCUUUGGGGUCGGUGUAGCCACCUCAGCGAGAGUGGGCAACCUGUUGGGCUCACGGAAUGCAUUGGGAGCGUCCAGGGCGGCCAACGCAGCGGCCUGUUUGAGCAUGAUGCUGGGAGGGAUCACGCUGGCUGUUCUGAUGGGUACUCGUCACAGUUUCGCGAAGGUCUUCAACUCUGAUGAGGGGGUGGUGCGGCUCACGGCUGAGGUGCUGCCUUGGGUGGCGGUGUUUCAAGUUGCCGAUGGUUUGAAUGGGAGUUGUGGUGGCAGUCUUCGUGGUAUGGGACGCCAGCAUGUUGGCGCCUUGGUCAAUAUCGCCAGUUAUUACUGCGGCGCCCUGCCGCUGGGUAUGUGGUUGGCGUUCCAUGGCUGGGGGCUCAAGGGUCUAUGGGUCGGACAAUGCAUUGCUCUUUAUCUGGUUGGCACUUUCGAAUGGACGAUUGUGGCUCUGAGUGAUUGGGAAGACGAGGUCGAUAAGGCGUUUCUGCGAUUGGGUAUUGAUGAAAGGGUGGACGGUGAGAGUGUCGCAGUGGUUGUCGCCGGUGCCGUGUGA